GAGAGAGAGAGAGAUGUCCAAGCAUAUGGGGGAAUAAGAUGACGACGGAGGUAAAGACAAUCAGCGUCACACAAAAAUCAUCCCAACAACGUGACUGAGUCAAGGAGGAGCAGAAGAAGGUAAAUCAGGAACGAUGCAUCUGGUUUUCCCACCUGCAAGCAAACCGAAGCACAGGAUUUUUAUACAGACCUGAAAAGAGAGCGGAGGGGAAAUUGGAGACAACGACAAAACAGUGCCCAGAUAAGGAAUUAAUCACAUCAGUUUGUUUGCGAUCAAGCUGUGCUCUCAUCCUGUUCUGGGGAAAGCGUGCGUAUAUAUGCAUGCGAUUGUGUGUGGAUAGAGACUGCAUUGCUGCUAGCUGACGGAGACUAAAGCUCACAGAAUCCAUCGCUCUCUUUUUUUUUUCUUGUUUUUCUUGCACUCUGUCUCCCUGUAUGGCAUCAGCAUGUCAGGUGGAUUUGGUACAACAGUGAGUGAGCUCCUGGCAAAGUGGAUGCAUUUGUGAAUGCUACCUGCCUGCUUCAUCUAUCGGCCAUCACUCUGAGGACUCGCAGGUUUCUAGGUGGAGUCUGGUGGUCUCCGCUACUGGGAGGAGAAGUGAAACAGCUCAAAGCCCCAGAGAGGGUGAGCGGGAGCGAGGGUAGGUGUGUGCUGGCACAGGGGCCCUCUGUGGAGGCAGGAACGAAGAGGGGGCCAGAGCAUCAGAACAUCAGAACCGAGAGAAUUGUUGCUGCGUUGGUAACAGUAGAACAAGGCGCAUGGCUGGCGUGGGCCCACUUUCGUUGAGAAGCAACUGCAGGAAAGCAACUUGUGAAUAGCUCCACUCCUGGAAGAGGAUGGUCUGAGAGGGCUCAAGCUGCUCCUGCCUAGUUUGACAGGAGGGGACUACUGCCCAAAAGGGCUCAUUCUUUGUUCUUUUAACUUUUUACAUUGUUUUUUUUUUAUCUUUUUGAUUUUUUUAAAGACCAUUUGAAGAAAGCAGAAGAAAGGGGCUUUUGUAUCCCCAGCUUUCUACCAUCACCCUGGCUCAAUUUCCAAGUAUAAUUUUGUUUGGGUAUUACUUCUUUUUCUUUUUCUUUUCUUUUUGAGAUUUGGGGUAUUUGCCAAAACCUAUUUCAUGCAUGUCCACUGGGGGCAGGUUCAACUUUGAUGAUGGGGGAUCAUACUGUGGAGGGUGGGAAGAGGGAAAGGCCCAUGGCCAUGGCAUCUGCACAGGACCCAAGGGCCAAGGCGAGUAUGCAGGUUCCUGGAGCCACGGUUUUGAGGUGGUCGGCAUCUAUACCUGGCCCAGUGGGAACACUUAUCAGGGGACAUGGGCACAAGGCAAGCGGCAUGGCAUUGGAGUUGAAAACAAGGGCAAGUGGGUUUAUAAGGGUGAGUGGACACAUGGAUUUAAGGGACGCUAUGGUGUGCGGGAAAGCACAGGAACCAGCGGCAAGUAUGAGGGCACGUGGAACAACGGCCUACAGGAUGGAUAUGGAACAGAGACAUACUCUGAUGGAGGUACAUACCAGGGCCAAUGGGUGGGCGGCAUGCGGCAUGGAUACGGUGUGCGGCAAAGCGUUCCGUACGGCAUGGCGGCCGUCAUCCGUUCACCUUUGCGUACCUCCAUAAACUCUCUACGCUCCGAGCACAGCAAUGGCACAGCUCUGCUGACCGGCGAUCGGGCGCCUGUGGCUGGUGUAGGAGGCAGCGGUGUCCUAGUAGUGGGCAGUCCAGCAGUGUCCCGCGGAGGCUUCGUUUUGACAGCCCACAGUGAGGCAGAGCUGUUGAAGAACAAAAAGAAGGGCCUGUUCCGUCGCUCACUCCUAAGUGGUCUCAAGCUGCGAAAAUCAGAGUCCAAGAGCUCGUUAGCCAGCCAGCGGAGCAAGCAGAGUUCCUUCCGCAGCGAGGCCGGAAUGAGUACGGUAAGCUCUGCAGCAUCCGAUAUCAACUCAACCAUCAGCCUAGGUGAAGGAGAAGGCGAACUGCCGGUGGGCGACGAUGACGUAGAUGCCACUACCACUGAAAGUUAUGCUGGCGAAUGGAAGAACGACAAGAGGACAGGCUGCGGGGUGAGCCGGCGUUCUGACGGACUGCAGUACCAGGGCGAGUGGUUGGGCAACAAGAGGCAUGGCUAUGGAUGCACGACUUUUCCUGAUGGUACCAAAGAGGAGGGCAAAUACAAACAGAACAUACUUGUCAGCGGAAAACGGAAGAACCUCAUCCCGCUACGUGCCAGCAAAAUCCGCGAGAAAGUGGACAGGGCGGUCGAAACGGCAGACAAAGCUGCUGACAUCGCAAAGCAGAAGGCAGAGAUUGCACUCUCAAGGACAGCUCACGCCAGAGGGAAAGCUGACGCCGCAACAGCAGCAGCACAGAAAGCCCAGGAAGAGUGCAGGUUGGCCCGGAUCACCGCCAAAGAGUUCUCCCCCUCUUUCCAGCACAGAGGAAACAGAGUGGAGUGCCAGCGACCCAAACAGCAGAACUCGAGUGAGAACGACGUGGAAGUUAUAUCCAGUGGGACUGCAGACAGUACUGAACUCUAUAUGAAAGGCUCCACACCUCCGGAACUAACCCCGGAUGUGAGUCCCACUCCCAGUCGGCCCUCUACGCCUCCUCGUAGCCCAACCACCAAAUCUUCCCACCGCACCAAAAAUGCCCGUUUCUUGCGACAGACUGCAGUGGACGAAGAGCGUGGGGGAACACAAGAGAUCCAGGUGCUGAUGGAAGGGAGAGGUGGUGGUGGUUCAGGUGGAGGUGGAGAUUACCUGAGGGCUAACAGCUGGAGUGAGGAAAAGCGUCCCUCCCGUGGGGGGAGCAGUAGAGGUGGUAGUCGGGGUAGCAGCCGCUCUACAACCCCUUCAGUACAGGACGAGGUACGGGUUGGAGCGGCACGGGCCAAUGGCCACAAGCACUCUUCUAAUCAUAAGCCUCGAGACCACAGUUCCUCCAAUCACAAAACCCCAAGGGAAAGACGGCCAGAUGGGCCUUCGGCUUCCUGGACGUCUCAGCGAGUACAUGGGGACAGUUUGGCUCACUCCCGUCUCCUUGAGCAGGAUGAGGAAAAACUGAGCAAUUAUGAAAUGGAGAUGAGGCCGUUACAGCCAAUGGACUCCCAUAACUCCCAGAAGCCCUAUGGGCAUGGUGAGGAGCGGCAUGGUCACUCAGAGUCCCGUGCACAUACGUUACAGCGACGGGGCAAGAACCGUGAUCGGGAGCGGGAUGUCCGGGAUGCUUCGGGUCCCAGGGACACCCGGGAGGGGCCAGCUCUGGACUCAGUGCAAAAAUUGGACAGUCUACGAGUGGGGGAAAAGCUAGAGGCUCGGCCCCUCCGCAGGGACCUAACACUCUCACCCCCACAGAAAUCCCCACCUAUUGCACUAGAGCACGAUGACGAGAGUCAGUCUCAGCUCAAAGUGAACUCGGGCUCCAACUCGAUUCUGGUAGUCAUGGUGAUUUUGCUCAACAUUGGAGUCGCCAUUUUGUUUGUUCAUUUUUUUAUUUAAACUCUGCAUUGCCUAUCAGUUCCUCUUCUCCGACUACACUAUUACCGAAGUGUCAUCACAACCGAUCUGGUCCCAGCUCGUAUUUUUUUAAAACAGAGACCACUGUACUUCCAUUGAAGUUACAGCAUGUCAACAGGAGGUCUGAGGAAGGCAACAACACAAAAACUGGGCUCAGCGGUUCCGUCUGCUUUCCUGUCUCCAAAGAGCUCAUUUUGGUAUCUUAAUUUGAUUUUCUUUUCUAAAUCUGAAAUAGUUACAAGCAUCCUUUUGAACUUCUAGUUUUAUCCUAUGUAUUCACUCACUCAUUAAUGCUGUUAUGAAUUGAUAUACUUGUUUCUCUUUUUUUAUUUCAUAUUCCUUACUUGCCUUUUUCUUGACGAUGCUGGUGGCUUUUGUUUGUUUGUUUCAUUUGGGUUUGGUUUGUAUUUGGGCGUUGGACUCAUUUGAAUGGUGGCUUUGGUGAGGGAGGGUGUGCAAGGUGGCGUAAGGGUGAAGGGCGACCACCAUCAACAUCUUUUCGGGUGACGGCAGCGUUACACAGCUAUGAUGUCAACAAGGUUCAAAGUGAUGGGAAACGGCCCCUGUCUAACCCCACCCGCCUCCCUCGCGCACCACUCCUAAGCAUUGCUUAUGUUUCUUCAUCAUGUCCUUGUUUUUGUCACUCAUCAGAAUAACUCACCAAGCGCUCCCAUCAUUACACCUCCAUCUACCUUCUGUGUGGUACGUCAAAUACCAGUAGACCCCAGAAUGUCAUGGUGGGCCUAAAUUGAGACACUUUAAUCCCAUUGGACCUAAAAUAAGGCCGCAAAGCUUUGUCGACACACCUUUGAAUUCGCCUAAAAAUGUUGCACAUGUCGAAAAUAAAUAGGCUCAACAAGCACAACCACACCAAAGUGGGUUAGUAAAAGUUCAAGUCUGGUAAUCACAGAAACACAGCGCCACCAGCGUUUCAGCAUCUGCAACAUUUGCACCCGGGCGAAUCUGACCCAUAUGCAUUUGGAAAAAUUCCCAGAUCCAGAAGUUCUAAGAUCUGAAAGGGCUUCAUCAUUAAUCUUGCUCCAAAUGAAACUUUUUUUUUCCUACCGAAUAAAUCAUAACACCGUUUGACUCAUUUAUCUUUUCAUAAACGGGUUCUGCAUGUAAGAUUGUAUACUGUACAUUCAAUACAACGUAGCAUGGGUUGCACUUUCCUUUGAGCAUUUUAUGUUCUUUAAACAUUCUUUAAAUGUUGUAUGAGGGCUAGCACAUGACAUUCUGUGAGGUCAUCAUCAUUAUGAACUUCUUAAUGACCGCCCCCCCUACUCUCUUUGAUGAAAUUACAAGAAUGUGCGAGCUCCUGCCAACCUCACCAUGCACACCUGAAAGCCACAUGCUGCGCGAGAUGCUGGCGUUCCCGACCAGACAUUCAAGAGACUGUUAACAUUUUGUUCCCAACUGCUGCUUUCGAAAAACAAAUAUUUAUUGAUAAAAAGAAAAAAAAAGUAACUUUUUUAGCUAUUUGCAAGACGUCUGAAAAAUGCCGACUGCCUUGUUUUUCUAAAAGUAAAAGAAAAAAAAAACACAAAGUUGCAUGCUAACGUAUGUUUUAGUUUUGUACAGAUUACAUUAUUGAUAACAUUAUUGAGGAAAAAAAACGUACGGAAAAGUGUGCUAGUGGUUUUGGUCAAAAAUUGACUUCAUUCGGACUUAAAAUGUUCAACACACACACUCAUGUAAAUCUGUAGGUAUUGUUGAUCUCAGAUGUAUGAUCAGAUUUGUGUGAUCAAACUCGCCUUAGACAUCGAUGCAUUAAGGCACACAAAAUCUAAACUACUUCCAGACUUUCUUGCCCCUUGGUUAAGGUCACGUUCUUUAGGCAUGGAUGUCACCCAAGUAAAAAUCACAUUCCAGCGCCUAAUAGACUCCCUUGUGGGCCCUUUAAAGCCUCUUGACCAUAUGCACUCUGGCCCCGCCAUUUUCUAAGCCCCUGAUAUGAUUUUUAGGAGAUGUGUGUGUCACAUUAUUUAAUGGUCCACCCGCAUACAAAGCAGUCUUGCCACCAAACCCCUUGCGGAAAGAACAAACCUUCAAGACUAAAAUUGUAAUAACGAGCAUGCAUUAAGAUAAAUUAAAUGCUGAACUGUCCAAAGAAUCAAAAGUAGGACUCUUGAUGACUAAAGAGCACACUCUGGUAUGAGUGAUUUAUUGAUUGCAUAUUGGACAGUUACCCCUAAACAAUGCUGAGCAGGGCUGCCCUUUGCCACCAAUUCUGUUUAUAAUUUUAUGGACAGAAUUUCAAAGCACAGCCUUGGGUUGGAGGGGGUUCGGUUCGGAGACCACAGGAUUUCAUUUCUGUUAUUCGCAGACAAUGUUGUUCUGUUGGCUUAAUCGAACAUGGACCUUCAGCAUGCACUAGGGCAUUUUGCUGCCAAGUGUGAUGCAGCUGGGAUGAGAAUCAGCACCUCCAAGUCCGAGGCCAUGGUGCUCCACCGGAAAAAGAUGGUGGACAAGUCCUUACCCCAGGUGGAGUAAGUAUCUUGGGGUUUUGUUCACGAGUGAGGGAAGGAUGGAACAUAAGCAUGACAGGUGGAUUGGUGCAGCGGCAGCAGCAAUGCAGUUGAUGUAUCGGUCCAUUGUCUUAAAGAAGGAGCUGAGCUGAAAGGCAAAUCUCUUGAUUUACCGGUCAAUCUAAGUUCCUAGUCUCACCUAUGGUCAUGAGCUUUGGGUCAUGUCCGAAAUGACACGAUCUCAGAUAUAGGUGGCCGAAAUUAGUUUUCCUUUUCCUUCGCAGGGUGACAGGGCGCACCAUUAUAGAUAGGGUGAGGAGCUCUGUCACCCGGGAGAAACUCAGAGUAGAGCCGCUGCUCCUCCACAUCGAGAGAAGUCAGCUGAGGUGGCUCGGGCAUCUGUUUCGGAUGUCUUCUGGACGCCUACCUAGGGAGGUGUUCCAGACAUGUCCCACCAGGAGGAGGCCUCAUGGAAGACCCUGUAAAUGCUAGAGGAACUAUGUUUCUCGACUGGCCUGGGAACACCUCGGGAUCCCCCAGAAGAGCUGGAGGAAGUGUCUGGGAAGAGGGAAGUCUGGGGUUUUCUCCUAAGACUGCUGCCCCCUCAACCCGGGCCCGGAAAAGCGGAUGAACAUAAAAUGAAAUGAAAAAAAAUGAAAUAACUAUGAUUGGUUGUUUUACAUGUCGAUCAGACAACCUUUAGGGACCAUCUGCCAUUAGUCUGGCUUUGAGAGUGAGGUUCAACCCUAAAACUGACCCAUGAAGAAAUUCUACGAAAACACAAAUGAGAUGUACAUAUUCAAGCAGUUCCCCAACAUGCUUACAAACUAUCAUAAGAGUGUGUUGAAGUAUUUUACCUUAUUGGCCAGCUCCAUGAUCCACAGUGGAAUAGGUCUGAUCGGGCAUGCCAAUGAUAAACCCGAGGUCUUGAAAUCCAAUGGCCUUUCCGUCCCAAAAUCGAAACUAAAACAAAUCAAAGAGAGGUGUUUUGUUUAUUUUUUUAUAGCCAGCUAACAGAACGCAAAGACUGAGAUGUUUUUAUAGCAUGUGUGUAUGGGCUUGUACUCUUCCCCCCCUUGAGUCUGUCCUCCUUGCAAUGAUUCAUUCACAGUUUGUGUACUCUCUCUAUCCCUCUUUCUCACCCACCUCCCUUCCUUCCCCAUAUUUCUCCGUUUCUCUAUCCAGCCGAAAAAGAAAACUAAAAGACCAAAAAAUGUAAUAGAACAACUAUUCUGAUGUAAAAAGAUGCAAGCUUUGGGGGCCAAAUGUAUGAAGUCGUACAUUUGCUCACCUUGACUUGAGUCCUUGGGUUGGUCCAGGAAGUUUGCAACUCGCUGACUGGCUCACUUUGAUACCACAACGGCUGUAUGUGACGGGGAUGGUGGGAUUCCAAAGGGUCUUUAAAGCAGGAGGCUUCUGCAGUUGACCCGCACCGCCGGCUCUUGUACCGUUUGACCUGGAUGUAUCCGUCACCCUCUGCGCCUAUAGCAUGCCCAAGCAUGCCCAGUUCUUUUAUCUCUCUCUUUCUCUCUCUUUCUCUGUCAUUCAGUUCUUUACUUUUCCUGGGGGUCUGUUUCUUUUUUGAGUUAUAUGGAGAAAAUAA